AUCGCCACAGAUAAAUAUCGAAACCAUGAUUUUUUCCGGCAAGAUAAUACCGAAGCCCAGGCAAUAAGACAGAAGUGUGCGCUGUUGGCAAUAGACGACGCCUGUAACUUUCUACAGAACGGGGGAGAAGUAGCGGUGGUCGAUGCCACAAACACGACACGCGAGAGGCGGAAGCUACUGUUUGACAUCAUACAGGUCAAGCACAAGUUCAAGCUGUUCUUCAUUGAGUCCAUCUGUGAUGACCCGACCAUUGUGGAGGCCAAUGUUUUGGAAGUGAAGGUCUGUAGUCCAGACUACAUUGGGAUGAAUAAAGACGAGGCAGUGCAGGAUUUUAUGAGGAGAAUCGAACACUACAAUGACAUGUAUGAACCGCUGGACCAUACCACAGACAAAGACCUGUCUUAUAUACAGAUCUUCAACCAGGGCGAGAGAUUUCUAGUACACAAACUUGCAGGUCAUCUACAGAGUCGAGUUGUAUACUACUUAAUGAAUAUUCAUGUAUUACCUAGGACGAUCUACUUGACAAGGCAUGGAGAAUCUGAGAUGAACUUGCAGGGAAGAAUUGGAGGAGACAGCAACCUCUCACCCAGGGGAGAAGAAUAUGCUGUAGCGUUGGGGGAAUAUGUGGAGAAGGAAAAGAUUGCUAAUCUGAAGGUGUGGACGAGUGAGCUAAAGCGUACCAAAGCCACGGCCAGACAUGUGGAUGCACCAGUGGAAAACUGGAAGGCCCUCAAUGAAAUUGAUGCCGGUAUCUGUGAAGGCAUGACGUAUGAGGAGAUCCAGGAGAUGCACCCCAAGGAGUUCGCCCUGCGUGACCAGGACAAGUUCCACUAUCGGUACCCAGGAGGGGAGUCAUAUCAGGACCUAGUAGCGAGACUGGAACCUGUCAUAAUGGAGCUAGAGAGACAGGAGAAUGUGUUGGUGGUCUGUCAUCAGGCCGUGGCUCGAUGUCUGUUGGCCUACUUCCAGGACAAAUCCUCAGAAGACCUGGCCUAUCUCAAGGUCCCACUUCACACUGUCAUCAAGCUGACCCCAGUAGCUUAUGGCUGUAGAGUGGAGUUUGUCAGCCUUAACAUUGACGCUGUCAACACCCACAGGGAAAAACCAAAAAACGUGAAACCUGAUAGAAGCAUUAACGAAGCUCUGGAGACCGUACCAGAGCAUAUAUGAGGUCGUCAUAGAAAAACUCCAGGACAAAACCAUGGUAACUAUGUAUCUGAAGUUACCAUUAACCAAAGAGACAGGGACAUACAACAUCGUCAUCUAAACCAAAAAAUAUGGCAACACAUGAGAUUUAUCAUAAGCGGGUGAAAUUUUCAGAUAAAAAUCCCAAUAUGUGUGCUGCUAGCUUGGGAAUGAAAGGAGUUUUCAGUUUUGGUAUUUUGGUCAUCUCAUACAUACACUAAAAUGGUGUUUCUGACUGAAAUCAACCGAACAGUACGAUUUCAGUUUGUUACAGAUUACAUUGACAAUGCCGAUGAUGGACCGUGUCUUUGUCAUACACUCUUGUCAAACGGUUACUUUUUUUAACAGAAUGGUUAUUGUGUUUUCAGUUAAGAUUUUUAUGUUCUUUUGCAUAUGAUAACCUAUGUUUUUAAGAUGAUUAAUUUUGACUGUGAUAUAAAUGGAAAUAGAGUUAAGAAUAUUUAUUUUGAAUUCCAAUAUGCUGUUUUCUUUAUAUAUUAAAACCUGCCAAUUCUUCUCAUUAUGAAUGAAAACGAAACCCCAACAUAUAACCAAGUUGUUGUCUGCUUUAGUUUUAUUUUUUCCUUUUUUUAGGUCACCUGAGUCACUCAGGUGACCUAUUGCAAUUGGUCUUCGUCCGUCGUCGUGCGUCUGUGCGUCGUGCGUCGUGCGUUAACAAUUUUACAUUUUUAACUUCUUCUUGAAAACUACCAGGCCAAUUGUUACCAUUUUUGGCGUGAAGCAUCUCUAUGGUAAGGAGAAUCUAAAUUGUGAAAUUCAUGGCUCUACCACCCCUGGGGUGCCACAGGCGGGGCCAAAUAUGCAAAAAAAGCCAAAUUUUCAAAAAUCUUCUUCUCUACUCCCACGCAUGUGAGGAAAAAACUGGUUGCAUGGUUAUGAUGUCCAUGAAGCCCUCUACCAAAAUUGUGAAAUUUAUGGCCACAGGGUCAGGGGUUCUGGCUCUAGGGUGGGGCCAAUAUGGCCAUAUAGUAAAAAUGUAUUAAAUCUUAGAAAAUCUUCUUCUUUACUACCAUAUAUGUUUUUUAAAAACUAAAUGCAUGAUUAUGAUGUCCAUGAAGCCCUCUACCUAAAUUGUGAAAUUCAUGACCCCUGGAUCAGGGGUUCAGGAUCUAGGGUGGGGCCAAUAUGGCCAAAUAGUAAAAAUGUAUUAAAUCUUAGAAAAUCUUCUCCUCUACUCCCAUAUA